AAACCUCCUCAAUGUCACACAUGUUGUUGUGUAACACCAGCUACCCUGCUGGUUUCUAGUAGCUAAGUUAUAUUAGUUCAUCAUGUAUAAAUUAAACGUUAUAUUAUCUCAUUCUGGCAGGAGAGCCUGCCAACAGGUUGCUGGUUCCUUCAAUGCAGGAGGCUCAAUUUGUGGAACCAGCAGUCUGCAGAGAGCAGUGUCCUCCAGUGCUGUCAGGUUGCAGGAGGAGGCCAGUGUCUCAGCCACACCUGGGAAAAUAUCCAAAGAGUUCAGUCACCUCCCUCCGAUGCCUGGCCAGGACAGUGUGCUGAGAUGGGCUGGGAAGAAAUACGAGGAGUUGCCAAUAGCACAUAUCAAAGCCACAUAUAACAAUACACACGUCCAGGUGACAGACUGUGAGGGCCAGUUCAUGGUCAGAACAUCAUGUGGAACAGAGGGGUUCAAGAAUGUCAAGAAGUCCACUCCCAUCGCUGCUCAGACAGCAGGCAUCUCAGCUGCAGCGGUGUUGUUCUCCUGGUCAGAAGGCCACAGCGGUCGGAGUGACGUUUGUCCGCGUGUUGGUGAAAGGUCUGGGUCCUGGACGCUUGUCUGCCAUCAAGGGUUUGACCAUGGGAGGAUUGGAGGUUGUGUCCAUCACAGACAACACCCCCGUACCACACAAUGGUUGUCGCCCUCGCAAGGCUAGAAGAAUAUGAACAAGGACCGUACCAUCAUGGACUGCAGGGGUCCAGCCAUCUGUCUUGUAACAUGUUUAAUGUUGUUGUAUGAAGACUUUAUUUUUUGUUUUUUACUGGUAAUUUAAGCAUUUUGGAAAAUACUUGUACGUGUAGAAAUGUUGGUGAAACAUUCAGGGCCUGUUUCGUCGGACACAGAUGAAUCCCUGGACUGAAAAACAAUUUCAAUGUGUAGAAUCUUCAGUCCAGGACUAGGCUUUAUCUGUGUCCGGGAAACUGGCCCUGAAUGCAUGUACAUCUAGAGACAGACAGAGGGAAUCUGGAACGAGGCUGUAUUUAAAGUUCCCAUCAUUUUCUAUGUUUAUUAAAUCCAUAUCCACACAAACCCCAGCAUGUAUUAUAAAGACCAGGCUUCCAGCUGGAGAAGGACUGGUCUGACCAGGUUAUCAGGUUUCUCACAACUAACAUGAGGUCAACAACCAAAACAUGCGGACAGUUUUUGCAGAAACUCUGUUCAUCAACUAGUCAAACGUUACAGACCGUGGUGACUUCCUGGUUCCAUCGAGGUGUACAACGUUACAGAUCGUGCUGACUUCCUGGUUACAGACCGUGGUGACUUCCUGGUUCCAUCGAGGUGUACAACGUUACAGAUCGUGCUGACUUCCAUGAUGACCACCUGUAUAGACUACAUAACCACCUGUAUAGACUACAUACAGACUACAUGACCACUUGUAUAGCAUCACAUUCAGACUACAUGACCACUUGUAUAGCAUCACAUACAGACUACAUCUCCCAUUUAAAGCCACAGUUAUCUCAGCAUAAUGGGGACUGAUAUUUGAACUCUACUUUCCAUUUCCAAAUAAACAGUUAUUUACCAGUG